AUGUCGGAACUAAUUAAGCCUCCUAAGAUCUUCACACCAAAUGAGUGGUUUUGUUCUAAGCAACUUAAGUACAAAAAUGCUGAUGCUGUGUGUAAACUUGCACAGAACCUGGAUUUUGAAUGCGAUAGAAGUAUAGAGGAAAUUAAGAAUCGUACUGAUAAAACCAUGGAGGAUGUGGACAAGAAGUUAGAACAAAGAAUUAAGAAUCUUAACUUUUGGAAGAGUGAGCUUGAAAACAAGCUGGCGGAUAUAGCAAAGAAAUCAGAUGCUCUACAUUCUUACAUUGUCCGAUUGAAAAUGGCGUUAGAUGCUACAGCGGAGCCUUUACACAUAUCACAGCAAUGUAUUGCCGUAAGAAAUGAACGCAAGGGGAUUGAUCUAGUGGCUGACGAUCCUCACAACCAACUCAUGCGAGAAGUUGAACUAUUUACAAGAAUACGCACACUUUUAAAUCGUACGAUUGAACAAGCGAUUGAGCAAUUAAGACUUAACCGAAAGUCAGCUUUUAACAUGAAAAAGGACUUUCUUGCGAAGCAAACAGCUCAGAAUCUGGACAAAUAUGCAAAGUCUCUUUCUUUUGGUGAACAUAUUCCAGAUGAAUUAAAAUGUAUUAACCCCCCUGGGUCGUCGCUAAGCACAGCGGAAUGGCAAGCUGCUGUCCAGAGGAAUCUAGAUGAGGCGGACCGGCAGGUCCAAAAUUCAAAUCAAAUGUUAAGCUUAAUCGAUGGUAUUUUGCUGCAGGUAUUUAAUGACCAAAAACAGCAAGUGGAUUCAACAAACUGGGCUAUUAAAAAACGGGUUAGUGAAACGCGCGACACAAAGCGGAAACUAGAAGAGCAUCUCUCGAUUAUAUUCAAAGAAAUUUCCGACAUGGAAGAUAACAUCACCGAAAUCAAAAAAGCACUUUGUGACGUAAAGAAAACCUCUACAAUCACAGGUAUUAGACGGAACCUUAGGGAUUGCAGGCCCCAAACAGAACUAUGCAGAGACACCCCACAUUACAGAAUACUCGAUCAAGCGAUAGAAUUGCAAAUGGAUACAGACACAUUACAAAAAAAGCUCCACGAAGCUGAGGAGGGAUUAAAGGCUCUCUGUAGACGGCAACUAGACCUUGAGGAGCAGAUCCAAAUCAAAUCACAGUCACUUCACAUUGAAGAGGCCCAAGUUCAAGGAAUGAGAUCUAGCAUUCUGAUCAAACACUUCUAG